AUGGCUGCUGAAGUUAAAAAUCCGAUCUCUAUGAUCGAUCCAUCCCAACUCCUGCGUCCGGAGGCCACCUUCAACGACAAGCCGCUGAACGCCUUCCGCGACUACUCCGUGGACGACAACGACCCUAUAAAAGAACGCGUGCGCAGGACCUACUACACCAUGCACACUAAUGUUACCGUAGAUCUGGUUAAAGAAAAGCGUGAGAAAUGGUUAAAGUUCAACCACUUCAAGUCGACAGUGAAGGACGCUCUGAUCAAACUGAACGAGCUGGUGGACGAGUCCGACCCCGACACCGACCUGCCCAACAUUGUGCACGCCUUCCAGACCGCGGAGAGGAUCCGGCAGGAUCACCCUGAUGAUGACUGGUUCCACCUCACAGGUCUUAUCCACGAUUUGGGCAAAGUGAUGGCGUUCUACGGCGAGCCGCAAUGGUGCGUUGUGGGCGACACCUUCCCUGUGGGCUGCAAGUGGGCGGACUCUAUUGUUUACGGUCCCGAGAGCUUUAAAGACAAUCCUGACACUUACAAUCCUAAAUAUAACACAAAGUACGGCAUGUACAAGCCUCACUGCGGGCUGGACAAUGUGCUGAUAUCGUGGAGUCACGACGAGUAUCUGUACCAAUUCCUGCUGCACAACAAGUGUAAGAUCCCAGAAAAGGGGCUGUAUAUGAUCAGGUACCACUCCCUGUACCCGUGGCACGCGGGCGGCGACUACCGACACCUCACUAACGAAAAAGACGAACAGAUUCUACAAUGGGUUCUUGAGUUUAACAAAUACGAUCUAUAUACUAAGAGUGAGAAAAUUCCCGACAUCGAAGCCCUUUGGCCCUACUACGAAGGUCUUAUUGAGAAAUACAUUCCCGGCGUGUGCGAAUUU